AAAUCCCUGUAGUAUACUGGCAAAGAGGCUGGCACACCUGGACUUGAGUUCGUGUUGGAAAGAAGAGACGAUCGGAUCGGUGUGAUUUAGAGACAUGUACCUCAAAUUGAGACUGGUAGUGGUAUUGCUGUCACUUUGCCUGAUAGUUGUCGUUAAAGGAACGGAUGCUCCAACCGAGGAUUAUUGUCGGAUAGACUGUGGUGACUACGAGAUCAAUCCCUUCGUCUAUUUUUGUCACAAUGGUGUACGAGUUCCGUGUGACGCCAGUCAUUGCCGAGUAAGCCGAACCGAGUACUCGAGCAAAAGAUGUGCCCUCUACUGUGGACAGGUCCUGCAAAAGUUGCAAGAACUUCCCAGAAAAAAUGCAGCUUUGAAAAUGAUGCAAGACGAGCUUGCUUCAAAACAGCAGAAUUUGAAUGUUCAGUAUCAUAUAGUGGCAGGACUUCAGACAGAGAACUCAAAACUGUCAAAUCAAACACGAUUCCAAAAAAAUACCACCAUUAAAAAUAACAACAAAAUUACUUCUCAACAAAAACGCGUUAACGACCUGGAAAAUCAGAACAAGGCUUUUAUGAUCUGUGUAGGUAUAGAGUCAGCAAUUAUAGUUGUGCUAAUAAUAAUACUGGUAUUUCGUGGUAAAUUAUGUGGAAAGCCAAAGGACUCGGGUGUAGAUGAGGAACAACCUUUAGUAAAAUUGUCUGAAAAACAACCAGACACCAAAUCCAAGACAAAUGAUGAAUCUUCAGCUGAUAGUGCCUUCGGGACGACCAGCUCUGGUUCAUCUCAGCCGACCGAAGACCAACAACAAAAACACAAGUGCGAUGAACUGAUUAAACCCACUGACGACAAUGUGAAGGCUCCUGUAGUUACGUCUGCUGCGAACCACUUCUGCUGAUUCUCCCAUAGACAUGUCUUAAGUCGCAGAGGAGGGCUCAUAGACACGUCUUAAGUCGCAGAGGAGGGCUCAUAGACACGUCUUAAGUCGCAGAGGAGGGCUCAUAGACACGUCUUAAGUCGCAGAGGAGGGCUCAUAGACUCGUCUUAAGUCGCAGAGGAGGGCUCAUAGACUACAUUAUCUACAUGCAUCUAUGUAUCUACAUCUUAUCCAAAGAGUGUUUCUUGAUUACAUUUUCGAUCAAAGAGCAAAAACAAAAAACUUCGAAAACCAGUGUCAUUUAAAUUGACAAACAUUACUUAUAGACCCCUACCGGGUUCCGGGGUUGGAGAGACUACAAGUUUGCACUCCAUCUGUCCAUAUUUCCAGGGGUUUUGUCCGGAGCAUAUCUUAAAUACUAUGUUUCGUGAAUGAACAUAUUUGGUGUGCCAGUUCAUCUUGGGAUGGUUGAGUGCAUAGUAUGAGAAGAGGGUCACUGUAAGCUGUUCUUUGACCUAUGACCUUACCCUUUGAUAAAUUAUGGCAUAUCUCCUAUACUAUUUCACCAGGAUUACCUUAUUCAGUAUGCAGGUAUAUAUCAUGAUGGCGAAGGACAGUUUAUGAGAAGUAGAUCACUGAUGUUUGCUUUGACCUCUAAAUUCAGUCAUUGAAAAGGUUUGUCCAAAGCAUAUUUUUGAUACCGUUUCUCCCAGAAUAACCCGAUUUGGUGUGCAAAUGAAUCCCGAGAAGUCACUGUGAUUUAUUUGGGGUUUUUUUGUUUGACCUGUGAUAUCAAUCAUUGGCGAAAUUUACCUUAUUGUGUAUCAGGUUAUGUUUUUUUACUGUAGGUCGUUGCUGAAAUACAUAGUUCGGUAAAUAAAGAAAUCAUUAUCAAUGGGGGACUAUGGAAUGCCGUGCAAUACUUACUUUCUAGUUUUGAUUGUGACAUCACAGUUUAGGCACCGUUGAUUUGUGAGAUCACACUAAGGAUAUGGAAUUGACCAUCACCGGUUGACAAUUCGAUAUCCUUCAGAUUGACAGGUAGAUAGCUAUUUAUCCUUCACUUCAAUCUUUCCCAAUUUUGCUAGGGAAAACUAAACCAAUCGUUACCUAACUAGAGAAAGACAACUCAUACACGCUGCUAUUCUGAAAACGUCACGAAACCAGGGUAAAGUCAUCAAUUUGUUACACAUUUUCGUGCUCCUUAGAUAAAAGCCUGGUGCAGUGAAGAGAGUUCACCUCUACAAAUUUUUUUACGGUAGCAAAUUUUGGAAGAAAAAAAUCACUACUAACACCCGUGUGAUGCAGACAGAAGUCUAACCCCUCUGGAUAAGAUUUUUAAAAUUUUGCACUCGGAAAACCUCAGGCUUAACUUGAAAAUAUAUAUUUUUUUGUCAAUAUGAAAGGGGUGCUAGAUUCAAAAUUGUAAUCAUAUACGAAUAGAAAAACAAGAAAUCCGACAUAUUUGCUCGUGUAACAUGUUACCACCUGAAAAAACAGAAUCGUUUGGAUGAAUGCAUUAAUAUGCUAUUAUGUGUAAAAAAAAAAUGGAUUUUAGAUAUGUCAAUAAGGAUAACGUAUAUAAAAGACAUAUACACGGAGACACUGAUGCAAAAAUAAUAUAUAUAAACCUAUGACAUCAAACGCACAAGAGCAAUACCAAAUAAACUGAAACAGAAAAAAACAAAAACAUAAAAAGCAACAAAAAACAAAAUACAAAACAUUAUAGGGGAUGGGGGAACAAUCCUAGGUCAUUCUAUUUUAACUUAUAAGCCUGGCGAAUUAAAAUGUAUGAAAUAUUUGAUGAUUAAUUAUUACAGUGAGGAGACGAUAAAGUACAAUAGAUGUAUAUAUGUAUAGAACAAAUAUGUCAUAUAUAUAUAUAUAGUCAUAUUGGAACUGCAUCCAGUUAUCUAUUUGAUGGUUUAACUCAUCUCUAUUUAUUAAUAUAUUCUGUUUAGACACAAGGCUCUUUUGUGCUUUUAAUUCAAAUGUCAUAUGGUUAUUUUGAUGUUUUCUAUAUCAAACUUUGUAUGUUUAUAUGCAUGUUUACCAAAAAUUAAUUCUUGUUUAUCAAAUCUUAGUGGAAGGUUUUUAGCCCACCAUCAUCUGAUGGUGGGCUAUUAAAAUCACCCUGCGUCCGUGGUCCGUCGUCCGUCCGAUGU